UUAUUUACUUGUCAAGACUGUCAAUGAUGUGUAUCAAUAUAGACAUUCGAUUUUGAUAACAAGUUUUUCCACGUAACGACGACCGUAAACAGAGGAAUUAUGUGAUAUUAUUCCUCAGUAGUUGUAACUGUUGCCGUUGUUUGUCUUUAUUGACAUACAGCUCAAAGUGACAAGAGCAGUCGAACAAAUUUUUAAGUUUAAUUCUUAAUUUGAAUUUACUUACUCGUUGCAACGAAAAUCCCAGUAAAAUGCAUAUUCCAUUGAUUGUGAAUGCACUGUUAUCAGCAUGUGCUUUUGUAAUUACGAAACAAUUGAUACCAGGACUUAGUGACAUGUUCAUAAAAGCGAAUCUGUUCGGUCAUGACCUUAAUAAGCGGUCACGUCCCAAAAUUCCGGAAGCAAUGGGACUCGUUACUGGCUGUGUAUUCUUAGUUACACUCUUUCUGUUCAUUCCGAUCCCAUUCGGAAAUUCAUGGCUGAAGGACAACACAUUUCCGCAGGAUGAGUUCAUCGAACUUAUUGCCGCUCUCUUAUCCAUAUGCUGCAUGAUUUUGUUGGGCUUCGCCGAUGAUGUUCUCAAUCUUCGAUGGCGGCACAAACUUCUGCUACCAACGAUUGCCAGUCUGCCGCUGUUGAUGGUAUAUUACGUUAACUUCAAUUUGACCACAGUGAUUAUGCCGAACUUUAUUCGCGGGCUCGUUGGAACAUCGUUAAACAUUGGUUUCCUGUAUUACGUGUUCAUGGGAAUGCUGGCCGUAUUCUGUACGAAUGCGAUUAACAUUUUGGCUGGCAUCAAUGGACUAGAAGUUGGUCAAUCGAUCGUUAUUGCAUCAUCCAUUAUACUGUUCAACUGUAUCGAAAUGUUCAACGACAAACUGAACAAACAGGAUUCGCACAUAUUUUCGCUGUAUUUCAUGAUGCCAUAUCUAACGACGUCUUUAGCUUUGUGGAUACACAACAAGUAUCCAUCCCGUGUAUUCGUUGGCGACACCUUCUGCUACUUAUCCGGUAUGACAUUUGCAGUGGUGGGCAUUUUGGGACACUUCAGUAAAACAGUGUUACUGUUCUUCCUGCCGCAGAUAUUGAAUUUCCUGUAUUCCGUUCCUCAACUAUUUCACUUUGUGCCAUGUCCGAGACAUCGAAUGCCCAAGUACAAUGCGGACACCGACCUGUUGGAAUGCAGUAAAACGGUGUUCCAUCGUAGUGACUUAAACAUUUUCGGUAAAUUCUUUUUCGAACUGUUUAAGCUGCUGCGCAUUAUUCAGUGGAGUGAAGAUAAAGACGGUCUGAUUGCGGCAAAUAAUUUUACGAUAAUUAAUUUAACGAUUAGACUGAUUGGGCCGACGCAUGAGAGGAAAUUAACCUGGUAUUUGAUGGGCUUUCAAGUGUUAUGCUCGAUUCUAGCGUUUGUUAUUCGAUAUCCGUUGGCUGAAUUUUUUUAUAAGUACGAAUAGCUCGCAUAUCUAAGUGAAUAAGUCAAAUGGAUUGUUGAACGUUUUGUUAAAAUUACAGAUUAACUUUUGCAUUAAAAACCAAAAUUUAUUUUAAUACGGAAAAUUGUCUUUCACUAUCAAGAGCAAUAGCUUGUCUGCUGAUCAUCAAAAUACGGCGA